CCGCGGCGGCAGACGGGCGGCAUGGGGGCGGCGGGGCGGCGGGCGCUGAGGGUCGGGCUGGCGCUGGGCGCCCUGGCGCUGGCGCUGCAGGGACUGCGGGGCUGGCUGGCCUCCAAACGGUACGAGUUCACCCCCGCUGAGAUCGCACAGCUCGCCCGGCACCACGCGGGGCUGGACCAUGAGCUGGCCUUCUCCAAGAUCAUCGUGGAGCUACGGAAGAAGCACCCAGGCCACAUCCUGCCAGAUGAGGACCUGCAGUGGGUGUUCGUGAAUGCAGGCGGGUGGAUGGGCUCUAUGUGCCUCCUACACGCCUCACUCACCGAGUACGUGCUGCUCUUUGGGACAGCUGUUGACACUGUGGGACACUCGGGUCGGUACUGGGCGGAUAUCUCUGACACUGUCAUCUCGGGGACAUUCCGGCAGUGGAAGGAGGGGACCACCAGAAGUGAGAUCUACUAUCCAGGGGACACCAUCGUGCACCAGGCUGGAGAAGCCACAUCAGUGCAGUGGAGUGCAGGCACCUGGAUGGUGGAGUAUGGACGGGGCUUCAUCCCAUCCACACUUGCCUUUGCCCUGGCUGACACCCUUUUCAGCACUCAGGACUUCGUCACCCUCUUCUACACCCUGCGUGUCUAUGCCAAGGGCCUGCUCCUGGAAGCCAAUGCCUUCUUCAGCACCUUGGGCUGCUGAGGCCAGCUUGCUGGGGUGCCCAGCUGGGCAUGGCUGACUCUUCUCCUCCCAGCCUUCCACCCUUUUCUUCCUCCCCAAGACCAGGCUCUAGCAGAGGCAGCAGGAGACCCCUCCCUGUUCUGUCAGAACAGAUUAUUCUGUCCUUCCCCAUGGGCCAGCAGAGGGACUGUGGUGGUCACAGCAACAGAGACCACCAGUUCCCUUUAGUACCUGCCUCUCCUGAGUUUCAUCAGAGCCAUGUCAUGUUUUCCCAUCCCUCAGGGCUGGAGAUGCCUUGCAGGGUAUGAACACCUGUGUGCCCUCAGCAUGCAGUGGGAGAGGGGCUGAAGUUGGCUGUCCCUAGACCUGGCAAAAUUUCUGCAUCACCUGAGACAUCAGGUGGAGGAUGGAGCCCUCGAGGCAGGGUGCACAGAGUGAGCCCGGCCAGGGCACCCUUCGUAAAGGUCAACUGAGAAGUUCCCCAUCUUGCUGGCAGUCUGCCGGGGCUGCAGCCAGCACAGGGCGCCAUGUCCAGCUGGCAGCGUCCCUCCCCUAGCUCUGGCUCUGCUGAUGUGAAUUGGCAGCACACCAUGUCACGCUGGCAUGAGGCACGGUGUGCACUGGGGGGAUGCCCAGCCUCUGUACUGGAGGUGCCUCCUAGUCCCCAGUGUGUCAUUUGCCUCAGGGCUGGAAAAGAGCUCCUUUCCCACAGUCCCCUCCCUGCAGUCUCUCCCAGUGGGGAUAGCCACCGUCUGUCGCCUUAACUGAGAGCCCAUUCUGAGUGGCCUCUGGGCCAUGCACACAGUGUGCAUGGGUGCCCAAACCUCUGUACUAGCUCAGGAUGGUACCUCCCUCCUCGAAACGGUUCCGCUGUGUGCCAGACCCCCAGGGACAGCCACCCUGCUCGGCUCCUGGCGUGGGGUCCCGACUGCCAACGGAGUGCCGCGAUCCCGCAGCCGAGCCCAGCUGCAGACGCUGUUUGCAGCCCUGCGGCUGGACCCGUCUGGAAUUGCUCCUUGGUGGAGGGCUUUCACCUCUGCGCUGCUGCCAAACUACCAUGUGUGUCCCUGGCCACCAGGCCUGUAGCAUGUUGCUCCUCCUGCUCUCUGGACUGUCCCCAUCCUGCUGACUGUCAGCCCUGCACAUGGGCUGCUUCUUAAUUUGGCACUUGAAAAGACAUAUCGGUAAUAUAUCGGUAAUAAAAUUGUU